CUGUGUUUUACGACACUCUGUGGAGCAUUCGAAGGCGACACAGGUCUACCCGGCGCGGCAGUGAUAUUGAGAGGUCAAACAUUUGCUACAAGCACCGGGAGCCGAGCUGAAAGCCACGAUGUCUGGAGAACUGUCCCUCAACAUAAACAUCAAGGAGCCACGAUGGGACCAAGGAACAUUCAUGGGGCGUGCCAAGCACUUCUUCAUGGUCACAGAUCCAAGGACCGUCCUGCUGUCCUCUGAGACCCUGGAUGAGGCCAAAGUGAUUGUGGACGACUACAGGGCUGGGAAUGCGAAGCCUGGCCUGACGGAGGACGAGCUGUGGAGAGCCAAGUACGUCUACGACUCUGCCUUCCACCCCGACACUGGCGAGAAGAUGUUUGUGAUCGGGCGGAUGUCGGCUCAGGUGCCAAUGAACAUGUCCAUCACAGGCUCCAUGCUCACCUUCUACAGGACUACUCCGGCCGUGGUGUUCUGGCAGUGGGUUAACCAGUCCUUCAACGCAGUCGUCAACUACACUAACCGCAGCGGAGAUGCCCCCAUCAGCGUGAAUCAGCUCGGCGCAGCCUACGUCAGUGCUACUACUGGUGCUGUAGUCACUGCCUUGGGAUUCAAGUCUCUAGCUAAGCGUCUCCCUCCAAUCGUCAGCCGGUUUGUCCCCUUCGCUGCUGUCGCUGCUGCUAACUGUAUCAAUAUUCCCUUCAUGAGACAGAGGGAGUUGAAGUACGGUAUCCCUGUGACUGAUGAGAAUGGAAACAGGUUAGGAGAGUCCCCCACUGCUGCCAAGCAGGCCAUUGUGCAGGUGGUGGUUUCGAGGAUCGGAAUGGCAGUACCAGCAAUGGCCAUCCCUCCGGUUAUCAUGAAUGCUCUGGAGAAGAAAGCGUUCAUGAAGCGGUUCCCAAUUCUAAAUGCUCCAAUCCAGGUGGGGCUGGUCGGCCUGUGCCUGGUGUUUGCAACUCCUCUGUGCUGCGCCCUGUUCCCACAGAAAAGCUCUAUGAGCGUGAGCGGGCUGGAGGCAGACCUGCAGGAGAGGAUACACCAGACCAGUCCCAACACCACCACCGUCUACUUCAACAAGGGCCUGUAGGACCAGCCAACACAUCUCCGUACACACGACACGCAGACACGCACACAUAUAUGCACAUGUCAGCUGGCGUGUGGGCACAAGUGGGAGGGCAAUACAAAAUGAAUUUAUGCUUUUUUUUUUUUUUUUGUUAUUGUUGGUUUUGUGAAACUAGUGUAUUUUUGUUUUUUGAAAAUCUGACUGCACAGAGAUUCUCCGAGUGUAAGAACGGAGGCUGAUAAUUAUUUCGGAGGAGUCACUGAAGGGAUAAGGAAAAAAAAAACUUUGAGAAGGAUCAUGACAGAAAGUUCUCUCUGUACAUAGAUGACACUCCGUAGAAAAGACAAACUGACUCCUUUAUAAAACAGUGUCGUGUUUUCUGUCUUUGUUUAGUCGAAACUGCCUCUUCACUGGCGGCACUCGCUGAUUCAUGUUUGACUGACUUGUAUAUCAUGUCGAGUUCAGGUUCGUACCAGUCCUAUGAUCUCACUCCAGUUUAAAAUGAAGGCUUGUGCUCCUGAGUCAUAUAUGUAUCGUAAAUAUUAGGAUUAUUCUAAGGUGGUACAACUUUUUUCGCUUUUCCAGUUCUUCCCUCGUCAUCGUCACAUUAUUCUUUUGUGAUAUUUUAGGUUAAUAGACACUACCCAUGUUUUGUUUGAAUUGCCGCAGUUACACUGGAACAAAAGUUGUGUUAAUCGGCCCUGAAUAGUUCAACCUUCGAUGAAUAAGUUCCUCUUUUGUUGUUCUCUGCUUCCUCGUUUACUGUCGCACCUUCUUAACUCUGUUCAUCUCUCCUUAAAGUGUACUUAUGCUCCUCCGUUCUCUUAGACCAGGCGGUGAGGUGCUAGGUAAAGUUGGCACAUGUGUAGGAAUCAUAUGACAAAAGCUUAGUAGAGUGCGUCAGAGGGUCUGUUGUGUGUUCUGUGAUCUGUCAGCGUAAACAUGUGCUGUUUUUAUAUGGCAGCCUGUUUCUGAAGGCCUUUAAUUAUUUGAGAUCACUUUAUGAACUAGUGCAGUGGUUAACUGUAGUAGCAUAUUGAUGAGUUCUUUGACUGCUCUAGGCCAUGUUUGCUGGUUUUGUUAGCUGGAGAAGAAUGUCCUAUGUUGUGUCAUUGUUUUGUCGCCAAGAAAAAUAUGUGAUCAUAGACGACGUGUCGCUGCAAUAAUGCAACUUAGACUCCAGUUUAUUGGAUUUAUUGUUGGAAAUACAGGGUUAUUAAGUGCAGCAAACAGCCAGCCACCUGCACUGGAGCCACUGAUGUUCCAUUGUACCAAAUGAACGUAGCUAGUGGGACGGACGGACGGAGAGAGAAAUAUUGAAUACUUAUAAUAUCCAGAUCGUGUGUGUGCACAGUAUUUGUUGAUGCUUUGUCGUUGACAGUUUGGCCGAGUUUCCUCUUCUCUGAUCAAACUCCUUCACGUUGUUGACCAAGCUAUCAAACACAAACACACAGCUGUCUGCCGGGAUUAGAUAGUGAGGACCUAUCAGCUCAGUUUAUUCCAGUGCUGUCUGACUGAUGUAAGAAUAAGUAUAUUUUUCUCGGAUGUAUUUAUAGAAAAUAUCUAUACUAAAUAUAUAAAUAUAUGAAUAUAUAUAUAUAUGAUGUGUAAUGUAUGGAGCACAUAUGCAUGAGGGAUUUUAGAGAUUUUAUCAUGAAGGUGGGCCUCUGUUCGCAAAUCCACCAGAUGGCCCCAUAUACCCUGUCAGGUGCUUGUGUUGUAGGAGCACAGAGGAGCAGAGUUUAAUAAGCUCCUGCUCCUCCUGCUCUAGACCCAAUGAGCUCUCACUUUAGAUGAAUGAGAACAGGCACAGAUCACCAACUAUGAUUCACUGUUUGUGUUGUGUCAUGUGCAGAAACAAAAACUAAUCCCAACAGUAGGAUUGUACAAGUCGAGGUCAUACUUGAAUUCAUCACCAUUUGGCAUCACGCGAGUCACUUGAGAUUGUUUCUGAAAUUUGAGGUUGAACAUUACAAUAACAGGAUUGUAGCAACUGCCGAACCAGUUGCAUCUUCAGAUACGUGAUGAUUGUGUUUAUGUGUGAUCCUGUGAUUCAGUGGUUUCAAUCCCAAAUGAAGUCAUUACCACCUCGAGAUUCCUCUCCUGGAACAGUCUUCAUAUGUGUUUAAACUUCUGUAGGAGAAGGAUUUCUUUGUAUUACUUAAACAUGAAGUGCAUCACAUUUUCCAAUCACACAUUUCUUCCAGCUGCUCUUUUAGUCACUUUCAUGUUAACGUUUAAACCUGGAGCAACAAUAACACUGUCUCUGUAGCGUUCAUGUGAACGGAUGUUGGUAACUGUCUGAAUCUCUCUUCACCUUCUGUAACACGGACUGGUGCUGCUGCAGGACAGUGUUUCAGUGACAACACCAUUAAUACAUGUGGGUUUCUGUGCUUAUUGUCUCCAAUGUGUUGUGUUUGGGGUGUUUUUACUGCUGAGGGCAAUACUGCACUAUAUAACCUUUGCUGUGCUGCUGUAGUAACUCUAUGCAUUUCUGUUGCGGGAAAAAAAAGCUUUUUAAAAUAUAUAUCGAAAGUUAUAAUUGUUUAUCAUGCUGGUUAAUGUUGAAUGAGUCCCAUUACUGCAAAUUCAUUCUUCAGCCAUUGGCUCAGUUUCUGUUGUUUUCCAUUAUUCUCUGCUGUUUGAAUUGUGACGUGCUAAUGUCAAGAACAAACCUGGACGGUUGUCGUGAGCGUUUAAACACACACGUGUGUCUCAGCUUGUCGCAUUCGUAGAUCGAGCCAAAGAUGAGACGGGUAAGAAUGGUACAGGAUUGAGAGGAGUGUGAAGCUUUUUAAUGUUUUCGCUUCAGCUUUAUUGUACCGACCUGAUACUGAUCAAAAAACAUGUUUUUAUUUUAACAGAAGUGAUCCUCGGUGCAAAAUCACAUUUUUCAACAACUUUAAAAUACAUCGGCGCAAAGUUUCGAAAUAUAAAUCUCAAUAGGCAUCAAUUUUGUUGACAUCACAAUAAAUCAGACUAUUACACAUUUUUUAUUUUGGUUGUGCAUGUCAUGAAAAAUAAAUGUAAUCCUUGCUAACUGAAAGCCAAUGUAAAGACAAUCUGUGACACUCAUGAAUGUUUCUUGUUAUUUCAUGUUCAUACGUCUCGUCAAUAUUGGAUCAGUGUUUCCUCCCUUUUAUUCUGUAUUGUUUUGAUGUGACAUGUAUUUUACUUAGAACGACUGAAUAAAAAGUGUAACAUUCA